AUGGGCCCAGUUGGGCUGGCAGCAGCAUCUGAAGACGUUUCCGCGGCGGUGUCACCGCCAGGAGGCGAGAACAGCAAGGUCUCUUCCUCUGGUGACAAUGACGCCAUUGGGACAACACCACAGCCGCCGCCGCCGCCGCCGCCGCCGCCGCCGCCCACGCUCGUAUACCACCUCACCAAGAAGGUCGGCAUCCAAACGCGGCACCUGGUGGUGUACAACACGGGGCCGGCCGUGGGCGUGGACGAGGUGACGCUGCGCCGGGUGUUUGAGGCCUACGGAGAGGUGGAGCGCGUCUGCUGCCCCAAUCCCGCCGCGGCCAGGGUGUUGAUCUCCUUUCACGAGAUUCAUGGCCAAAUGCUCGUGAGGCAUCCUGUGUCGUCACGGCCCUGCCCGUCCAGGACUACGUCGGGUACCGCAGCGUACGGCGGUACGCUAGCCGAGCGGCCAGACCGGGUGUCGUCCGCGGCGAGGGCGAGAGCUGAACGGAAUCGCCCCCCAGAGAUCGAGGAGCGCGUGAGAGUCGGGGUGCCGGGGGCAGCCGCAGCGAGCGAUGUGUUCGCCCCCACUCCGGGGGAGCCCUGCCCGCUGCUGGGCCGAUGGCUCAAGGUUUCCUUCGCAGACGUCCGGGUUCGUCACAACGGCGGCGGCGGCGGCGGCGGCGGCUCCAGGGGAAGCUCCCCGCCGCCCCCCGCCCCCGCCGUGCCCUCCCACCUGUCGGGCUUCAAGGCCUUCGAUGCGCUCGCGGCAGGCGGGACGGCCUCCUGCGACGCUCGGCCUACGCCUUGCCCCCUCUGCGGGCGCACCUGCGGGGGGCAGAGGGGACUGCGCAUGCACCUGGUCGGAGCCCACCCCCUAGAGGUCAAAGACCGCGACCACUUCGUGCAGCUCCUGCAGAGGGGAAGCGCCUCACUGCCCCCGAUGGAGGCACCGGGGACCGAUCUGGCGACAAGAAGAAACGACCAUGACGGAGUCGGGCAGGCGACGGAGGAAGACGGUGGCGCACCGGCCGUAGGCGGCGGAGCCGCGGCGAAGGGGCGGGCGGCGGCCGCGCUGCCCCCCGGUUUCGCCGCGGCCCGUGCCGGGGACCUGGGGGCGCUCAAGAGGCUGGUCGAGGAAGAGGGGUGGGAGCCCAAGACCGCCUUGGACAAGAACGGGUCGAGCCCUCUGGACUGGGCGGCGGGAGAGGGGAGGCUCGAAGUUUGCAGAUACCUGCUGCACGAGUGCGGCGUCGAUGCCGGGGGCGCUUGUCCCACGCGGGGGAGAGGCGAGGGCAGGACCUCGCUUCAUUGGGCGGCUAGGGGAGGCCACGAAGAGGUAUGCCGCCUUCUUUUGGAAACCCCGCGCCCCGUCGAUGCGGCAGCUGCUGUCUCCGUCGUCGGGGGCGGGGACGGAACCCUCGUGUCCCCGGGCGGGGAAAGAACGUUUGUAUCCCCGGACGUCACCGCCGCCGAGGGGACAACCCCUCUCCACUGGGCUUGCUGGGGGGCGCACCUGGCCACGUGCCGCCUGCUCUUCGAGCGCGGCGCCGAUCACCGGAGCGUGAACGCCUACGGGUGCAACGUGGCGCACUGGUGUGGCCUGUCGGGGGACGUGGAUGUCUGCAGGUGGCUGUCCAGGAGGGUGGAAGAAGGGGGGGCCGGCGGACUGGACUGGGCCAAGACCAACCUCCAGGGCCACACCAUCUGCCACAAGGCGGCCCUCAAGGGGCACCGCGGCCUGCUGGAGUGGCUCGCGGAGCAAACCACCUCCUCCGCGGCGGGGGGGGGGGUGGUGCCGAGACGCGCGUGGGAGAGGGACGAGGGGGGUUACACUCCAGAGGACGUCGCCAGGCUCGCGGGGCACGUCGACCUGGCGGACUGGAUAGCCGGGGCCGGGGUCACACCGUCCACCGAUGACACCUCGUGA